CACAGAGCGGACUUUGUGCCAAAGGCUACAUGGAGCUUCCCCCAUUGUUUGAAGCGCAAGUUGGACAAUGAGCUUCACACCCACUUAAACUUCCUCCUCUGUCCCACAUCUGGUUUUAGAAGGGGAGAUUUUGCAGACAGAAAUCUCAAACCAAACAUCACAUCAAGAUCUGACAGAGUCAAUUGAUUUAUUGGGGCCUGAAAAACAUCACACCCUUCACAGUGGGGAGAGACUGUACACGUGUUCUGUGUGAGGACGGGGCUUCAACUGAUUGUCGAACCUGGAAAGAUACAAGGACACUGGCACCAUGGAGAAACCGUGGAAAUGUGGGGACUGUGAGAAGGGAUUCAGAUCCCCAUCAGAGCUAGAGAUUCAUCGACGCAGUCACACUGGGGAGAGGCCGUUCACCUGCCCUGAGUGUGGGAAGGGAUUCAGUAAUUCAUCCAACUUAUUGAAACACGAAGGCGUUCACACCGGCGAGAGACCAUUCACCUGCCCUGACUGUGGGAAGGGAUUCAGAUCCCUAUCUAAGGUGGAGAUUCAUCGACGCAGUCACACUGGGGAGAGGCCGUUCACCUGCUGUGAGUGUGGUAAGGGAUUCACUCAUUCAUCCAACCUCCUGACACACAAGCGAGUUCACACCGGGGAAAGGCCAUUCUCCUGCUCUGAGUGUGGGAAGGGAUUCAGUGAUUCAUCCACCUUGCGGAAGCAUCAGCGAGUUCACACUGGGGAGAGACCAUUCACCUGCUCUGAAUGUGGGAAAGGAUUCACUCGGUCAUCCAACCUGCUGAUGCACCAGCAUGUUCACACCGGGGAGAGUCUAUUCAUCUGCUCUGAGUGUGGGAAGGGAUUCAGUAAUUCAUUCAACUUGCAGACACACCAGCGGGUUCAUACUGGGGAGAGGCCAUUCAGCUGCUCUGAGUGUGGGAAGGGAUUCACUCAUUCAUCCGCCCUACGGACCCACCUGCGAGUUCACACUGGGGAGAGGCCAUUCAGCUGCACCAUGUGUGGGAAGCGAUUCACUCAGUCAUCCAGCCUGCUGGCACACCAUGUCACUCACACCAAUGAGAGACCCUUUAAAUGCUCUGACUGUGGAAGUGGCUUCAAAAUUGCUGCAGAUCUGAGAGUGCACCAGCGCAUUCACACUGAGGAGAGGCCAUUCAGCUGUUCUCACUGUAUAAAGAGGUUUAGAACGUCAUCCAGCCUUCGGAUACACCAGCGAGUUCACACCGGGGAGAGGCCGUUCACCUGCUCCGAGUGUGGAAAGGGAUUCAGUGAUUCAUCCACCCUGCAUACACACCUGCGAGUUCACACUGGGGAGAGACCGUUCACCUGCUCUGAGUGUGGGAAGGGAUUCCGUCGGUCAUCCCACCUGCUGACACACCAGCAAGUUCACACUGGAGAGAGGCCGUUCAUCUGUCCUGAGUGUGGGAAGGGAUUCACUAAUUCAUUCAACUUGCGAACACACCUGCGAGUUCACACUGGCGAGAGGCCAUUCACCUGCACCGUGUGUGGGAAGGGAUUCACUCAGUCAUCUCACCUACAGACACACCAGCGAGUUAAAAAGGAAAUAGAGGCACUGGAGAAGGGGCAACAAAGAUUCUCAAGAAUAGUACCUGAACUGACAGCAUUUCACCCUGAGGAAAGGCUAGGGAUGCUAUUCCUGAGAAAAGAGAAGACUGAAGGAUUCACACUUAACUGCAGGCAUAUGAAUAUGAAGUUUGAUGAUGAUGCAAAAAAUAGUUGUGUGUUUGACAGUGAGGAAGAAAGUUGCAGGGAAAAGAAGGCAAAGGAUCACAUGAUAAAUGGAAGGAUACCGAGAACUGUAGAGCAACAGAAAGAUCUUGCAGUUCAUGUCCACAGAUCCCUGAAGCCUGAAUAUUGUCGGAUUUUGAACAUGGAAGGAAAAAACACCGUUCACAGUUGGGAGAAACCGUACACGUGUUCUGUGUGUGGACGAGGCUUCAACCGAUCAUCUGACCUGUCAAGACACAAGCGCAGUCACACUGAGGAGAAACCGUGUAAAUGUGGGGACUGUGGGAAAGGAUUCAAUUUUCCAGUUCAGCUGGAAUCUCAUCGGCGCAGUCACACUGGGGAGAAGCCGUUCACCUGCUCCGAGUGUGGGAAGGGAUUCACUCUGUCAUGCAACCUGUUGGCUCACCAGCGUGUUCACACUGAUGAGAGACCUUUUAAAUGCCCAGACUGUGGGAAGUGCUAUAAAAGUUCUGGGGAACUGAUGCGCCAUCAACGUAUUCACACUGAUGAGAGACCAUUCAGGUGCUCUCAGUGCCAUACUGGGUUCAGGCAAUUAUCUGACCUCACUGUACAUCAGCGAGUUCACACUGGAGAGAGGCCAUUCACCUGCUCCGAGUGUGGGAAGGGAUUCACUCAGUUAGCCAACCUGCUGACACACCAGCGCAUUCACACUGGUGAGAGGCCGUUCACCUGCUCCUUGUGUGGAAAGGGAUUCACUACAUUAUCCAACCAGCUGGAGCACCAGCGAGUUCACACUGGGGAGAGGCCAUUCACCUGCACCGUGUGUCAGAAAGGAUUUGCUCAUUCAUCCACCCUCCUGAGACACCAGCGAGUUCACAAAGAUGCAUGAGAACGCCACUGUCUUCAAGUUCCCCUCCAAGCUACACACCAUCCUGACUUGGGACUAUAUUGUCAUUCCUUCACUGUCACUGGGUCGAAAUCCUGAAA